CGCACGCGCAAGCGAUAACAGGAGCGCUUACACGCUUGCUCAUCUCUAUGUGGCAGCGGCUGCAGUGGUGAAAAUUUGAGAGCAGCCUUUUUUACGUGUAGUUUUUUUAAUUGCAUAUGAAGGCACGACACAAGGAACAACUAAAAUGUCAUAUCCACCGCGUGCGCCGAUGCCGCCAUAUAUGAAUGCAUCGAUUCCACCGCCGCAUCUGAUGCCUCCGAUACCCCCGCCACGCAGUUACCGCAACUCGGCGACGAUCAGCUCACAGCCAACAGUGUAUCAUCGCCCACCAGAGCCACAGCCCCAAUUCCGAGGACCCGUCAUUACCGUCUUUGUGGGCAAUAUCAGUGAACGCGUCCCGGAAUCGUUGCUGAAGCGCAUAUUGGCCGCCUGUGGUGUUGUUAUCAAUUGGAAGCGUGUCUCCACAUUCGGAUUCUGUGAAUUCGAUGGUCCCAUUGCGGCGAUGAGAUCUGUAAGGCUGCUCAGUGAACUGGAGAUUGAUGGUAAGAAGCUGGUGGCUAAGGUGGAUGCUAAGAACAAAGUGCUAAUCGAGGAUUACAAGGAGAAGGAGUGCAAAAAUGGCGAGGGCGGUCCCAAUGCCAUGGAUGAAAAGACUGAGGACGAGUUUGCCACCAGCCAGAUGCACGAUCUGCUCGAGGAGCAUAAACACGAAUUCGAGGGUUUUGAUGGCACCAAUCGCGGCGAUCUCUAUGGCAGCAGCAGCAGUAGCAAUCGUAACAAGAAGACGCGACGCGGCGAAGAUGACAUCAAGAUCAAAUCCUUAAACGACAAUGCACUCGAAGAGGAGAAACGUAAUUUGAUCAGCAGCGAGAUUGGCAAAUUCCGUAAACGUGCCGAAGCCGACGAGCAUCGCAAGGAGCUCGAAAAGGAGAAGGAAAAGGAGAAGCAAUUGGCUAGCAAAGAGAAGGAAAAGGAACGCGAACGUAAAAAGCAACAACGCGAGUCGGAGCGCAAAAUCAGCGGCAGCAGCGCUAGCGGCAGUGCCAGCGCCAGCAAACCCCCUACAGCGGGCAGCGAAGUGGAGGAGGUUGUAGAGAUCAACGAUAAGGAGCAGUCCAGCAAGGAGCCAGCCAAUCAACGCAGUCGCAAAGAGUCGAUUGUCACCAUCGAUGAGUCGCCUGUGCGCUUGAGCAAGGAGCACAAGGAGCGCCUAACCACCAGCGCCAGUGACGCCCAUAAGGAUGGCCGACGUCGCGAUCGCCGCUCCAAGUCCCGCACCAAGGAACGCGAUCGUGAACGUGAGCGUGAGCGUGAUCGCGAGCGCGAGCGUGAACGUGAACUGAUGCGCGAACGUGAGAUGCGUGAGCUGCGCGACAAGGAGCGUGAACGAGAGCGUGAACGUGAGCGGGAGCGCGAUCGUGAGCGAGAACGUGAGCGUGAACGGGAGCGUGAGCGAGAGCGCAUCGAGAUGCGUGAGCGGGACAGAGAGCGUGAGCGGGAACGCGAGCGCGAAGAGAAGAUCAUCAAGCCUGUGCGCGAUGCACGUCGCGAAAAGGAAAUGGAGGAAGAGAUACGCGAGCGCAAAAAGGCCGAUAAGAAGGCACGCGAAAAGGAGGCCGCCUACCAGGAGCGUCUUACCAACUGGGAGAUACGCGAAAAGCGCAAGGCCAAGGAGAACGAGAAGUAUCGUCUCAAGGAGCUGCUGCGCCAGGAGGAGCGCGAAAAGGACGCCAAACGUUUGAAGGAAUUCGUUGAGGACUACGACGAUGAACGAGAUGAUGCGCUCUAUUAUCGAGGCCGUGAGCUGCAGCAGCGUCUGGCGGAACGAGUGCGGGAAGCUGAUGCCGAUUCGAAGGAUCGUGAAAAGGAGGCCGACGAACUAACCGAACUAAAGAACAAAAUCUUUAGCGGAGAAUAUGAGAAUCCGUCGCAGGAGUUCGAAAAGGCACGACGUGAAAUCGAAAAGCUCUACGAGCCGCGUAUUCUGAUCAAUGUGAAUUUGGAGGCGCAGCGACGCGAUGCAGAGCCGCAGCAACAACAGCAGCAGCAACAGCAACAACUGUUGCAGCUGCAGUCAGAGCGACGCAAGCAACAGCUGAAUGAAGAUUAUGAUAGCAGGGAUAGUGUGAUUGGAGUUGGAGUUGGUGCAGUGGUGCAUAAGGCGCCACCAUCGGAGGAUUCCUUAUCGACCAAUGAUGAUCGCGCCUCCAUGGCGGACACCGCCUCCAAUGCCAGCGGCUAUUCACAUCUUAAGAACAGCAACAACAACAAUAUUAGCAACAACAGCAACCAGGCUGGUGGCGGCGGUGGCGGAGGAGGAGGUGGAGGCGAUGAUAGCGUUAGUCGACAGAACAGCGAAUCAAGAGAUUCUUUAGCCAACAUCCAUACACCCACAAUGAAUGCCAUUGAGAAUGAUCAUCAGACGGUGGCAGCAGCCGCUGCGGCUGCCUCAGCUAUGAGCAUGCCGCUCAUCUCUCUCACCCUCGGCAACAGUCUCAAGAAGAAGGUGAUCGAGACAACGGGCGUCUUUAUCAACGAUGACGAUAACGACGAGAACAUCAAUCCCAAGAAGCGCAAGCUGGUGCCUUUAGAUUAUGAUGACAAUAUAAGCAAUAGCACAUCAUCGAUAAGCGCAUCACAGACGGCUGCGGAGCGUCAGAGUUCUGCUGUAUCAGCGGCAACAGCGGCUGCCGCUGCCGUUAGCCAAAAGAUAGCAAAUGCGAGCGGAGGCGGCGGCGGCGGCGGUGUCGCUGGCAAUGGAUCUGGCUCUGCAUCCUCCGGUUCAAGUGGCAAGAAUAGCAGCAGCCAGCAUGGAAAGCAUGGCGGUGGCAGCAGCAGCGGUAGUGGCAGCGGCAGUGGCAGUGGCAGUGGCAACAAUGCUGGCAGCAAACACCAUGGUAAGAAUGAUGCAGCUGCAUCUGCGGGGAGCGCAGAUGCUGCCGCGACAAACACCAAAAAGGAUGAGAAUGGUGCAAAGGUGCAUGAUGAAAAACGGCGGCAUAUAAAAAGCAUUAUUGACAGGAUACCCACACAAAAGGAGGAGCUAUUUAAUUAUAAGCUUGACCGCAACGAGAUUGAUAGUGGUCUAAUGGAACGCAAAAUACGUCCAUGGAUCAAUAAGAAAAUCAUCGAAUACAUCGGUGAGCCGGAGCCAACGUUAGUGGACUUUAUAUGUUCCAAAGUAUUGGCCGGUAGUCCGCCCCAAAGCAUAUUGGACGAUGUCCAAAUGGUGCUGGACGAGGAGGCUGAAGUGUUUGUGGUGAAAAUGUGGCGCUUGCUCAUCUACGAACUGGAUGCCAAAAAGAGUGGCAUCGCUGGCAAGUAGAUGAGAGAUGGCAGCGCCUAUAACGGAGACGUUGCUAUAACUUUAAGUUACAUUUGUAAUGCCUAGAUACUAUAUAAAAAAAAAA